UCCUGAUAGGUUCUAUGGUAUAUUUUUUUUUCCCAGCCAAGGAAGCACCAAGUUCCAGUGAUCAAGGGAGGUAUGGAGGAGAGAGAUGAUCGGCCAGAGCAGGAGAGACCCAAUCUUCGUCUGGAAAAGCUACAGCACUGGGCAAAGAGCAGGCAGAGUGGACACCUCUUAGUGCUGGCGGUGAGCCAGAUGUGGCUGGCAGUGGCUGCAGUGCUUUUGGCUGUCUCAGUUGCCUGCCUGAGGUCUGCUUGUUACAUGACCACAGCGCUGCCAAUUGGGCCUGGAGCUUUGGGUUUUCUCACUGGGACCAUUACCCUUGAGCUUCGCAGAGCACCCCGACUAUGGAAGGUGCAGGCCAUGAUGAUACUCAACACCUUCAGUCUCAUCUUGGGGCUCAUCGCAGUGGUGAUCGAAGUUAUGAAGACAGUCUUGUGGCCGGACCCAACGGCCCCUUCCCAGCUGGCUGGCUUGCUGGUGCUGGAGCUCAGCACUGAGGCCUUCGCUCUAGGGGGAGUGCUGGCCUCAGCAUACUCCCUAUUCCUGCUAAGCCAGAGGAAGCCGGGGUGCUGCAGGAGUCGGAGGCUUCGCUACCAGGAACUACCAGAGGGUCUCCAUGAAUUGGAGGAAGUUCCUCAUUUGGAGAGUGGCCUCACCGUGGCUGGCCAGGCAAGCGGAACACAGGAGUGAGCUGCCACGGGCAAGCAGCUAGGAACUGGCUUCCCACCCUGCGAGAGCAU